AAAAAUUGUAAAUAAAGUUUUGAAAAGUACUUACAAACAAAAAUGUUAUUUUUAAGUAGUUUGGUUUGUAUUUUAUCAUUUUGUGUGACUUCAAUACCACCUUCUCAAGCUAGAAUAUCUGAAUUCGAUUUUAAGAAUACUGUAGUGAUAGACAAUACAUUUUACCAGUCAUGCGCGACUGCAGUUACUUGCGAUCCUUCCUCUAAGUAUAGAACUAUUAAUGGCUCGUGCAACAAUUUACUAAAUCCACUAUGGGGAUCAUCCGGUACUCCUUAUAUUAGAUUAGGCUCAGCUUUUUUUGCUGAUGGUGACCAUCAAAUACGUUUUCAGUCAAGUGGCAAUAAAUUACCAGGACCUCGUGAGCUUCAGUUGGCAAUAUCUACGAUCUCACCGAAUAUUAUAGAUGUACCAGAAAUAACAAAUGUACACUUCACCCAAAUGGGCCAGUGGCUAGCACAUGAUAUUACUUUAAUGUCACCAGAUUUAUCGGGACCUAGUGAUUGUUGCGCUAUUCAGAACUCAGACGAUAUUCCACCUCAAUGUCAAGCAGUAAUUACAAUAGAUCCAAUGGACCAAGUGUAUUUAAUGUUUGAUGUGCCUCGAAGAUCUUGUUUGUCAUUUAGACGAGCAAUGACGACUACUCUUAAUUUUAAUUGUUCAAUAACUCCUCAAAUUCCCAUAAAUCAAGCAACUGCAUUUGUUGAUGCAUCGCAAUUAUACGGACAUAACAAUAUUAAAGCAGCCUCCCUUAGGUCCAAUGUGGAUGGAAAAUUAAAAACUGAAAUGAUUAAUGGACAAAGAUUUUGUGUUCAACAGAAGAGAAAUUCGACAUUUUGUGACGGACGAGAUAAUGUUUGUGUGUGUUUUGACCAUGGUGAUGUUAGAAACAACCAAAACUUGGGUAUUAUAAUUUAUGGCGAGUUGUUUUUGAGGUUACACAAUCAUAUUGCAGAUUCGUUAAAACUUAUAAAUCCAAAUUGGACAGACGAGAUAUUAUACGAAGAAGCUCGAAAAAUUGUAAUUGCAUUAAACCAGAUUUUUGUUUACCGGGAUUACCUGCCUCUUCUUUUUGGUGAGGAUUAUUCAGAAAAUUCUGGUUUGACUCUUUCAAAAUUUAAAAGAACAGUAUAUGAUGAAUCACUUAUGCCUCAAGUAUCUACUGAGUUAUCAGCAGGAAGUUUUCGAGUACCACAUAACAUCAUAAACACAUACUACAGUUUAGUGGAUGAAAAUAAUAAAGUUUUAAAUGUACUAAAACUUCACGAAUUCAUGAUGUUUCCCGAUAUUAUAGUCGAAAAUAAGAAUUUGGAGUAUAUACUAAGAGGUAUGUCGCUAAACUCUAGUCGUUAUCCAGUAGCAUCAUAUAACUUAGGGAUAUCAAAUUUUAUGUUUCAUAAUAUGAUUAAAAAUAUCGCCGACUCUGACCUACUUGCUACAGAUAUUCAAAGAGGUCGUGAUGUAGGCAUACCACCGUACAUCAAAGUUAGAGAACUUUGUGGUUUUUCAGUAAUCACAUCAUUUGACGAUUUGUUAAAGAUAUUAUCACCUACUGCUAUUGGAUUAUUGAAGUUAUACUAUGAAGAUGUUGCUAGCAUAGAUUUAAUAGUGGGAUCCUUGCUAGAACCAAUAAUCCCUGGUGCAUGGUUUGGUGAAACUACGAGGUGUAUAUUAGCUGAUGGAUUUUAUCGUAUUCGAUAUGGUGAUCGUUUCUUUUGUGAUGUGCAAGAUCAACCUGGAAGUUUUACUGAUGAGCAAUUUGAAGUUUUGUGGAAUCUAAAUCUCACACAAAUAUUUUGUGCAAUGUCAAAGAUUGACCAAUUACCCAGUAAUUUUUUCAUGUCAUACGGGAAUUCCGAAAUGAUUGAUUGUGAAGAGUUGAGUCUAGAUCUUCAAUUAUGGCGUCAUAGUACAAAUGGAUGAAUUCAAGAGUUGGAUUACUUGACGCUUCACAUCAAACCAAUAAAAUAUAUUGGAGGUGUUAACUAAAAAUAUAAAUAUAAAUAACACAUGUUUACUGUAUAAUUUAA